GCAAUGUAAAAUAAGACCAUCUUCGACAAAUUAGGAGGCUAAGCUAACAUUGACGCUGCUGUUGUCAAGUUUUAUCAAAAAGUGCUCUCUGAUCCAUCUGUCAGCCACUAUUUCAAAAACACAGACAUGAAGAAAUAAACAGAAAAUCAAUAAAAAUUCCUUACCAUGGCUUUUGGAGGACCCAACAACUAUAAAGGAAGAGUAACAAAUCCAUUUUAUAUCAUUAGGACAUGAAAGCUGGUCAUGCUGGUCUUGGAAUCACAACAGCCGCCUUCAAUACAAUUGUUAAGCACCUCGGUGAUACAUUGAAAGAAAUGGGAGUCCCAGCAGAAGUUAUUGCUGAAGCUGCUGCUGUUGCAGAAACCACUAGAGCAGACAUCGUUGAAAUCAAAUGAUUCAUAUCAAU